GUGAAAAAGCAAUGUUCCUUUGUAACCUUGUAGAUUUUGCUGAUAUUUAAUUACCAUAGCUCUAGAAAAAAGGAUAUCACAUAAUGAAGAACGGAUGGAGGAAAACAGCGUCUGCACUGCUUUAUGCCAUGCAUUUCAUUGUCAGUGACAGCAGGAAUAUAUCACAGGAGAAGAAGGGAUCUCAACAGAGUUCUGUUGUCAGUCCAAUCACCCCUGAAACAUCAGGUGGAAAUCCUUGAUUGGGAGACAAAGAAACAGCUAUGCUUCCUAGAUAAGGUGGAACCAAAUGCCACAAUUAGAGAGAUCAGAUUGAUGUUCCAUAAAUUAUAUCCUCGGUGGUAUCCAGCAAGGCAAUCAAUAAAACUUGAUCCAAGUAUUUUGAUAGAAUAUACAGGUCCAUUGUUCAUCUAUUUUCUGUUUUAUUUCCGCAUGACUUUUGUCUAUGGACUGGAUGAGAGGUUUACAUCAAGUCCGCACCCAGUAGUUAACUUUGGCAUGUAUCUGCCAUUCUUUCCACUACAUCCAAAGGUGAUUGAAACAGUAUUUGUUCAUCGAUUCUCCCGUGGGACUAUGCCACUGAGGAAAAUUGUGAAGAACUGCUUUUAUUAUUGGGGAUUUGCAGCUUGGCUUGCAUAUUACAUCAAUCAUCCUCUUUACACUCCUCCCUCUUAUGGGAAAAAACAGAUAAAUUUUGCUGUGAUCAUGUUUCUGCUGUGUGAAGCUGGAAAUUUUUCCAUUCAUGUUGCACUCAGUGACCUCCGGAGAAAUGGAUCCAAAGCCCGUAAGAUCCCAUAUCCAACAAAGAAUCCUUUCACAUGGCUGUUUUUCUUUGUAUCUUGCCCUAACUAUACAUAUGAGGUGGGGACCUGGAUCAGUUUCACAAUCAUGACUCAGUGUGUUCCAGUGGGGCUGUUUACCUUGCUUUGCUUCAUUCAGAUGACAAUCUGGGCAAAGGAUAAACACUGCACCUACUUACGAGAAUUCAAGGAUUAUCCAAGUCAUAGAACGCCAAUUAUUCCCUUUUUGUUGUAAGAAAAGAAGGUUUAAUUUGAAUAUUGCACAGAAUUUCAAGAAGAAAAUCCUCAUAAACCUCCUGCCAAAUAAAUGAAUUAAUUUAAAAGAUUUUGGUGCAUGUUUAAUCACCACUGCUAAGGGAAAUUGUAUGCACUUGAAAGCUACACUUCCUUACAUUCAAGAAUUCUCAACUCACAAGCACCUUAAAAAAAUAAAGUUUCAUUGCACAGCUGGUAGUCGAAAGCCCCUGCAGUUCACUGUAACCUGACUGACUUAGAUUUUUCUAUACUAGCCUGUUUAGAUGAUGGAUCAGAAAUACUGAGAAGUCUGUGCUGAAAGCAGCUCCAAAUUUAGCAGCGGCAUUCUGCAAGACAGAAGUCAUUGGAAGGAGGACAUACCAGCUAACUACUAGAGCUCAGUUCAGCCAGCACGGCCAGCUGGCCUGGAGGACAGUUGCAUGAUCUGCCUUCUUUGACUUGAAGAAGAGUGUUGCUGCCUGGAGGCAGGUGCUUUGUAAAAAUAACAUUACCAAAGAUUAUGACGGUUCUUGGAAUAAAGAAAUAGGCAAUAUCUCAAAAACCUGAUUUGGGUCUAACCCCUAAUUUGCCAAAGAGUCUGAAGUAAGAAGUAUUUGUGUAUUUGUGAAUGUAACAUCCCCUGUUGGGGAUUUUUUGUUUGCUUUUGGUUCUUUCAUUAGUAAAUUGCAUACUAGUAAGUAAGGUUCAGAAGCAAUCUGAUCAAUAUCUUUGAUACUGGGCCUGUUUUCAUGUAACAAGUCCUUACAAUACUAAAGGACCUUUUACCCAAGCAUUUUACAUCAAGCUUCUUGGAAUAGUUUUUAAUACACUUUGUAAAUAGAUGAAGUGACUGCUAGUCCUCAGAAUGCUCUUCCUAUUUUCAGAGUCAGGGAGAAAAAUUAGCUACAUUUUGGACUUCCUGUGUUUUCUUUUUCACAAGAUGUUCAGUGUGACUUAGUUGGGUUUUGUGUAAAUCUGAUAAAAAAGGCUAUUGAAAUCUAUCUGAAGGAUAUUUUAAAGAAGCUAUUUUAGAAUAUGAAGAGAAUGCAUAGAUAAUGUUUUGUUUCACAAUUACUUUAUUUAUCUAUAAUGGAUGUAUAGAAAGAUUUUUGCAACUUUUUGUAAGGAUGCAAUAAAUUCUAGACUAUGUUUUGAAAUCAGUUGAAAUAAUUAUGGCAAAAAGAGAAGGCUACAGCUGGUUGCUGAAGUUUUGUAAUAUUUUGUACAGUACAGAGCAAGAAUGCCCUUAUAAAAAAAAAUCUACAUCAAUUCAAGAACAAAAACUUUCAAAGUAGAAAUACAUGACCCAGAUUUUAUUUCUGUAUAACAUAUCUUAGAGAAGAUUUCUUAGAAAUGGUUAGAUCUGGUAGAUCACUGAAGCAAU